CGCCGUGUGCUGUUUUGGAUAGUCGCAUCGCGCACUCUCCUCGACGAUCAAAAAGGCGAUUUUCUUAAAAGAAAUAGGGACGUUUUCUCAGCCACCCAGGCUUUAAUCCUGUCCUCAGAGACAUUUACUUACAUCUCAUCUCAGGAUAACUUUCAGAAGAGUCACAACAAUAUUGCUGUUGGACAAUACCGGGAUGCCUCUUCCCCCCGCGCUGCUGGCUCGCUUGGCCAAGAGAGGGAUUGUUAAACCGUCAGAGCAAGAGGUAGACGAGGAGAUUAUUGCUGAAGAUUACGAUGACAACAACGUAGAUUAUGAAGCCACCAGAGUGGAGAAUCUACCACCAAACUGGUAUAAAGUGUUUGACCUAGCUUGUGGUCUUCCUUAUUACUGGAAUGUGGAGACAGAUUUAGUGGCCUGGCUGUCCCCAAAUGACCCAGCUGCAGUGGUAACAAAGCCUGCGAAGAAAAUUAGAGCUGAGGGGGGGGAUGAAAGAGUUGAGAGGCCGUUUGAGAAGCCGGACAGAGAGCGAGAGCGGGAAAGAGACAAAGAUCGGGAAAGGGAUCGGGACAGGGACCGAGAGAGGGAUGAAGGGAGGGACAGAGACAGAAGGAAGCAGCGGAGAGAAGACAUGGCGCCGUACAGUAAGAACAAAAGAGGGAGAAAAGAUGAUGAGAUGGACCCCAUGGAUCCAAGUGCUUAUUCUGAUGCCCCAAGGGGCACAUGGUCAAGCGGCCUGCCCAAGCGUAAUGAAGCAAAGACGGGUGCUGAUACCACAGCGGCAGGGCCUCUGUUCCAGCAGCGGCCGUAUCCCAGUCCGGGAGCCGUGCUUCGGGCUAACGCAGCAAACCAAAUACCCAAGGAGUAAGCUGAGCGGCCCUGGAAACAACUAACAAAGACAGAGCUGUACAGUUUGGCAUCACUUUGCUCACAUCGUAGCAUCUGCCGUUCAUUCUUUUUAUUCUGAAAUGAGUUUACAUGUCAGAAAUUGAGUGCUGAGCUUUUCUACCACCAGUGCAUUCAUAAACUUUUCAAACAUGUAGAACAGUUGUAAAUAUGUUUUUAUAUGACCUCUUAUUGUUACUAGGGCCAUUUAUCGUCAUCAUUUGCUAAUAAAUUUAAAGAUUACUGUGAAAAA